AUGGCGGAUCAGUACCAAUUCAACGCCAACGAGGAGAAGAUUGUGAAGGACAGUCACACCAAGGAGAUUGAUCUAAUUAACAGAGAUCCCAAGCAGAUCAAUGAGGACGUGGUGAAGGUGGACUUUGAAGAUGUCAUUGCAGAGCCUGACGGUACACACAGCCUGGAUGGGGUGUGGAAGCUCAGCUACACCACCUUCACUGUGUCCAAGUACUGGUGCUACCGCAUCUUGUCUGCUGUCUUUGGUAUCCCUAUUGCUCUGCUCUGGGGCUUCCUGUUUGCAUGCAUCUCCUUCUGCCACAUCUGGGCUGUGGUUCCCUGCAUCAAGAGCUGUCUGAUUGAGUCACAAUGCAUCAGCCGCAUCUACUCUCUCUGCAUCCAGACCUUCUGUGAUCCCUUCUUCGAAGCCUUCGGAAAGAUCUUCAGCAGUGUGCGUGUUGCACUGCGCAAAGAAGUCUAA